AUGACUCUCCUUAUCCUUACCGAGACCUCCGCAGGGUAUGCCUUACUCAAAGCAAAAGACAAGAAGCUGCUCAAGCGGGAUGAUCUCGCUUCCACCCUCGACAGCGUCGAAAAUGUUUGCUCAAUGCUCAAGUUGAAGGAGUUCCAAAAGUUCGACAGCGCUGCAGCAGCUCUUGAGGAGGCCGCGGCGAUCGUGGAGGGAAAGGUCACACCGAAGUUGUCAUCGCUGCUCAACACAUUGAAAGAUGAGAAAAAGAUUUCCCUCGCCGUUGCAGAUCCGAAACUCGGGAAUGCGAUUGGAAAAAUUCCGGGCCUUGAGAUUAAAGCUGUUGCCGAUUCCACCACGGCCGACCUCUAUCGAGCCAUUCGAGAACACCUCCCCUCUCUUAUUCCAGGGUUGAUGCCAGACGAUGUCAAAACGAUGUCUCUCGGUCUUUCGCAUUCGCUCGCCCGACACAAACUCAAAUUCUCCCCAGACAAGAUUGAUGUGAUGAUCGUCCAGGCGAUCGGACUGCUGGACGAUCUAGACAAAGAACUCAACACCUAUGCCAUGCGGGUUAAGGAAUGGUAUGGCUGGCAUUUCCCAGAAAUGGCAAAGAUCUUGAACGACAAUCUCGCAUAUGCCAAAGUCGUUUUGAAGAUGGGUAUGCGCACCAAUUGGGAAAAGUGUGAUCUGGCAGAGAUCCUACCUGAAGAAAUUGAGGCUGCUGUCAAAGCUGCGGCGGACAGGUCGAUGGGAACCGAAAUCACCGACGAAGAUCUUGAAAACAUACAAAGUCUUGCCGAACAGGUGGUUCAAUUCACAGAAUAUAGGACCCAACUGGCCAGCUAUCUUUCGGCACGAAUGACAGCCAUUGCUCCCAACCUGACAGCACUUGUUGGUGAACUAGUUGGGGCACGACUAAUCGCCCAUGCGGGAAGCUUGAUGAAUUUGUCAAAAAGUCCCGCCAGCACUUUACAAAUUCUGGGUGCCGAAAAGGCGCUCUUCCGAGCACUGAAAACCAAACACGACACGCCCAAGUAUGGUCUCAUCUAUCACGCUUCUCUAAUUGGGCAGGCCUCGGGCAAAAAUAAAGGCAAGAUGGCACGGGUUCUGGCCGCCAAAGCAGCGCUGGGUCUGAGGGUAGAUGCCUUGCAUGAUUGGGGUGAGGAUGAAGCAAAUAUUCCCGAGGAUGAGAAGGCGGCGCUUGGUCUGGAGGCACGAGCCAAUCUCGAGCGCAAGUUGGCCGCCAUGGAAGGCAAACCUCUGAAGCCUCGAGGAGUAGCCAUUGCACCCAAUGGCGUCCCUGCCACUGCACAACCAAAGAAGUGGGAGAUCAAGGAGGCCCGGAAAUACAAUCCAGAUGCCGAUGGUCUUGCCGGUGACGAGGCUCCGGCGAGGAGGGAGAAGAAAUCGAAGGAGGAGAAGAAGCUCAUUCAGGAGAUCCCCGAAGAUGAGGCUAUGGAAGAAGGCGAAGUUGAUGACGAAGAUGACGAGUCUGAAGCAGAAGACGAAGACGAGGCUCCUCCCAGCGUUCCAUCCAAAGUCAACGGGGUCAACGAUUUAUCGAAGAAAGCAGCCAAAAAAGCAGAGAAGGAAAGGAGACGUGCAGAAAGAGCGGCUCGCAAGCUUGCCAAGAAGGAGAAGAAAGCAGCAGAAAAGUCCAACAAAUCUAGUGAGGAAUCCAAGAUGGAGUCUCUAGCUGCUCAAUGUGGACUGAGUGUUGAACGAUACAAGAGAAAGCUUGGGCGGGGAGAAAUUAAAUUCCAGAGUGAUGGCACACCGAUAGCUAUUUCGAAGAAGGAGAUCAAGAAGGCUAAAAAGGCCGCCGAGAAAGCCGCUGCAGCAUUGGCGAAUGGUGAGGUUGAAGGGACAAAGAAGCGGAAACGAGUGGACGAAGAAGCCGAAUCAUCUAAGCCAGAGAAGAAAAAGAAGAGGAAAGAAAAGGCAUAG